AUGGAUCACUCGCUCAUGGAUCACGGUGAAAUGGGCCACGGCGACAUGGGCCACGGCGAUAUGGGCCACGGCGGAGGCGGAAUGGGCGACAUGUGCAGCAUGAACAUGCUCUUUACCUGGGACUCGACGAAUCUCUGCAUCAUUUUCCAACAAUGGCACGUCCGGGGCCCCGCCUCGCUCGUCUUCUCACUGCUGGCCAUCGUAGCCAUCUGCGCGGGCUACGAAGCGUUGCGCGAGGCGACACGGCGGUACGAGAGCUGGAGCAGCAGACAGAACGAACUACCGACAGGAAGUAACCAGGUCGAGGUCAGCAAGCGGGCGCAUGUCGUCAAGGCGGCUUUGUAUGCGGCACAGACGUUUUAUGCGUUUAUGAUUAUGCUGUUGUUUAUGACGUAUAACGGAUGGGUUAUGGUUUCUGUGGCCAUUGGCACUUUUGUGGGUUAUGUCAUGUUUGGAACCAGGACGGGUACCGUCCGGGAGACUGCUUGUCAUUGA